UGAGCUGCAGCUGGACUCUGUCUGAUUUAUGUAUGAUUCAAAUUUGCAGAAAACUGAAAAAUGAGCAAAGCACUUUCCCUAGAAUAUGUAAAUAAUUAAAUAUCAAACAGAUGCAGGCUGGUGAUGAUGCUGGGAUGUUUAUCGCUGAUGUUAGGAUCGGUAAUGUUUCGGAUACAAAUUUUCACAGCGGAGAAGGUGAUGGAAACACAACAUACAUCCCCAAGGAAGAAAGAAAAUUGACUUCAGAAGAUAAUUUCCCUGGAAAUUUUGGAUUAUAUUUGGCCGUCAUUAUCUUCUGCAUGAUAAUCAUUGGAGUACCUAUGGGCCUCAUAGCUUACAGAAGGAAGCUGUUGAUGGCGGAAUCAAAACGAAUGAAACGACUUGCAACAAUUCGUAUACCCCGAGGUAAUUAUGUUUCGCCACAAGAUGUAGUUUUUUUGAAAGAGCAAACUCAAUUAAUUUGACUGCAGAACAGUGACGGUGGAAUUUGAUGACAAAUAUUUCUCAUGGUAGAAUUUGUCUUCAUCCUCUGACAUAAACGUGUGGAAUUACAUGCGUACCACUUGAUAUACAUUAACUAAAUCCUAUAUACCGUCAUUCAAUUGGGACGUUUGAAGCAUGUCUUGCACCUAUCUAUUAACCCUUAUGCAAGAUUCACGAGUUAUGGAGCAUUUCACUGAUGUCGAAUUUCAGUUGUUGGUUCAUUUCAAGUUAAAUGAAAGCUAUUAUUCCUCAGCACAUUACAUCCAUUCAAUAUUACCUCUCUUGAAUUUUGUCUUCUUGAAUUUUCCUAUCUGAAGGAUUGAAAGACCUUUAAUCAGGCAAAUCGAUUUAUUUUUAUUUCGUUUCAAUUAAGUACAAUGAAAAGGACUGCAAAUCACGUUAGUUUACAAGCGGAUUAAUAAUUUGAGCCUUCGUAUUAUAAAAUUGGACAGUGGAAUAAAACCAGUGGCGUAGAGAAAGGUUGGCAAAACGCAAGUCCAACGCCUUCAAGCAAAAUGUUCUGAAAUCAAAAGACAUUGUUUAAUUUCUUGGAGGAGAGAAAUGUUUCUCAAUAACAUAGCAGCAGCAUUCCUGUUUUAAGCCACUUUCUAACAACCCGUGAUGUUUGACAUUUCAAAAUAUGUUAUCAAUAAUGGUGCAGCUAAUUAGAAAUCAAGUACACAUGAAAAAUAUGUUAUAACAUGUGGAUUGUUCCUUUUUUUGACGGCAUACUGAUCAUCAACCAAAAUGCA